UCCUGUUUCCUGUACAGGGAUUAUUCAGUGUUUUACAACAAUGAACAUGAUGAGAGUGUAUGCAUAUCCCCAUAUGCAUAUAAUAUUCCAGUAUAAACAAUGCUUAUGUGGAUUGUAAGUGACUUUUGAUGGCAGUACAUUAUUUGUUAUUCCUAUCAGUAUUAUUUAAUACUGGUUACCAUUGUUCAAGUCUUGAAGUAGAACUAGGAAAUAAAAAUUACACAAUUAACUUUAUAACUCGUAAUGGUAAAAAUGGAGAUUAUGUGGAAAUUUUGUGUCAACGUAAACAAGUAGGAGGACAAAAUAUAACAUGGUAUUUUAUGCAUUCACACAAUCUACCAGAGCUUUACCCAUUUCAAUUUUGCCAAAAAGAAAAGAACUGUGAGUUGGACAAUGGAGGAAGACAAUUGAUUGUGAAACAGUUCAACCCCUCGGCAGGUGGUAGUUACAUUUGUGUUGAUGGUGAAAGCGGUCAAGGUUAUUCAAUCCAUUUUCAAGAAUGUGUACAACCACUGGUAAAGCCGUGUCAAUUUUACAAUCAGACUGCCUCCAUUGGAAUCAAUGUAACAUUUAGUUGUAAGGCAGAUACUGGAGAGCCUAACUGUACCAACGAUGUAGACUUUAUAUCUUUUCGUUUCCCAGGUGGUGAAAGAUACAAAAAGAGCAAGCUGUCAAAGAGAAUUGUGAAAGGACGUGUAAUAGUAAGCAAGAAUUUGACCUUGAUGAAUGUCAGAAAAGAAGACUUUGGUAUCAAUGUAAAUUGUACAAUAUGUGACGAAAUAAAAUGUUUACCACUACAAAGUGCAUGGUUACUUGAACAAGAUUCUUCCACCAUAGAAGAUACUAAAGUUGACAUAAAGAUAGUGCUGUCUAUCCUAUUGCCAGUGGGUUUUGUCAUUUUCAUUAUAGUUGGAAUCCUCUGCCUAUAUCAUCCACGAAUUAGUUAUGUUCGUCGUCUUCUUACAUAUAACUUACCAGAGAAAGGUGACAAGCCAUUUCAUGGUCUGAUACUAUACAAUGAAGGUGCAGAAGUAUAUGACAAGGUGCAACGAUUAAAAUCAGGACUACACAAAUAUAAUCUCCGAGAAUAUCCUCCUGGGCCAGAUUCUAUGGAUCAACAAGCUGGUUAUUCAUUGCCAGCCCUCCUUGAUACUAUGUGUCAGGAGUGUGCCUGUGUCAUUAUUGUUGGAGAAGUAGGAGACUUAGAAGAAAGAUGUUUGUCAACAUUUAAAGGAAGAGAAGUUACUCAUAUCAUUUUGUCUGGUUCCCUGGAUAAGAAGAAAAUAAAUCCAGUUUUGUGGCCAAAGGAAACCAGUUGCAAUUGGGAUAGGAAGUGGAGGAAUUUCAUUUUUGGAGUCAAAAAAGGCUUGCCAAAGCAAGAAAGAAGGGGUUCUAAAGAUCCUGAAGAACAAAUGUUAACAAGUGUCUAAAUGUUUUUAUACGAUCGCAAAAAAGUGUUUGUGAUCAUAUAAUGGUAUGAUGUUGUCAUAGUCAUCUGCGUCGUCUGUACACACAUUUGGUGUCCGGAUAAUAACUUUAGUUUAACAUUUAAGUAAAUGGAUCUCUAUGAAAUUUGAUAGGAAGGUUCAAUACCACAAGGGGAUCCCAGGUUGGGUUUGUUUUUGGGGAUGAUGGUCUCAACCAAUUUGGAAUUAGGGGCCUAAAACAAGCAUUUUUGUACUUUCAGGAUAAUAACUUGUGUAUAAACAUUUCAAUUGCUCUGAAAUUGUAACACAAUGUUAAAUACCACAAGUAGAAGGUUUGGAUUCAUUUUGGGGGUUAUGGUACCAACAGUUUAGGUAUAAGGGCCAAAAAGGGGCCAAGCAUUUUUAACCGGAUUUUUGUGACAAAAAUGUCGGUUAUUUAUUUGGGGAUGUACGGUGAGCGGGCGGGCGGGCGGCAAUCAAAUGUUGUCCGUGCAUUAACUCAUGAACCAUUCAACCAAAGCUUUUAAAAUUUGUUACUGACAACUAAAUGAAGGUCAAGUUCAAUGGCAAUUUUGACUUUUACCGUUCAGGAGUUAUGGUUCUUGAAAGAUUGAAAAAUGGAGUUUCCAGUCGUGUCCCUGCAUUUACGCAUGAACUGUUCUACCAAAGCUUCCCAAAUUUUAAUAUGUUGUUACUGGUGACAAAAUGGAGGUCAAGUUCAAUAAUGACGAUUUUGACUUUUACCGUUUAGGAGUUGUGGUUCUUGAAAGAUUGAAAAAUGGUGUUUCCAGUCGUGUCUGUUCAUUUUCUCAUGAA